UUAAUUAGUUUCUCUGUACAUUUUCCUUAAACAGCAAACAGAGCGGGAAGAGGACGCGUCGCGUACACCUCACAUCUUCCCAUUUCCUUUCUCUACUUAACCAUCCUCUUUCCUUCUUCCAUUCCAUUGCAUACUCAACAAGCAACCAUUUCAUUCUCCUCGAGAUCUGUGCUUCCUCUUCUUCCUUCUCUCCCUUCUUCCUUAACUGUCGUUUUUUCAGGCUGAAGAUAUGGCUCCACCAAUUGAGACCCCAAACAAGGUUCAAUCCUCGAAUUAUACCUCACCUCCACCUCUUAAUGAGAGGAUCCUUUCAUCCUUGACAAGGAGAUCUGUUGCUGCACACCCUUGGCAUGAUCUUGAAAUAGGCCCUGAAGCUCCCAAGAUCUUCAACUGUGUGGUUGAAAUUGGGAAAGGAAACAAGGUGAAAUAUGAACUUGACAAAAAAACCGGACUUAUUAAGGUUGACCGUGUGCUUUACUCAUCAGUUGUGUAUCCUCACAACUAUGGGUUUGUCCCCCGCACUAUUUGUGAGGAUGGUGAUCCCAUCGAUGUCUUGGUCAUUAUGCAGGAGCCAGUUCUUCCAGGAUGCUUUCUUCGGGCCAAAGCUAUUGGACUCAUGCCUAUGAUUGAUCAGGGUGAGAAAGAUGACAAGAUAAUUGCUGUCUGUGCUGAUGAUCCCGAGUAUAGGCAUUUCAAUGAUAUCAAGGAGCUCCCUCCACAUCGUUUAGCUGAAAUUCGUCGUUUUUUUGAAGAUUACAAGAAGAACGAGAACAAGGAAGUUGCAGUAAAUGACUUUCUCCCUGCCUCAUCUGCCUAUGAAGCGAUCGAGCAUUCCAUGACCUUGUAUGCGGACUAUGUGGUGGAGAGCUUGAGGCGGUAGCUUUGAUGCAUAUGGGAUUUUGUUUGGUCGUGAAGAUAUAUUUUGAAGGCUGCCAUGCCAUGCCAUUUUAUAACUAAGAUUACGACUGAAAAAGAUAUUUUGUAUCGUAUUACUGUCAUAUUCCUAUAGCAUGUACAUUUGUCUCACAAAGGACAAGUAACUACACAUGCAUAUCCUACACACAUAUAUUUUGCUUGACUUUUAUUUUUAAAUGAUAUAUUCGUUUAUUAAUAUUCAAAUCUGUUUUAAUAUCA